AUGGCAGUGACCGCACGACAGAUCCCUCGGGAUGGCGAGAAGCUCACAGAAACCGAUACUGCUAUUGAUGAGGCUCGAUUGGAGUCAGCACUUGGGCACAAGCAAGAACUGGUUCGGAAUUUUGGAUUAUGGAGUUUGACUAGUUUGGGGAUUGUCAUUGCGAAUUCCUGGGCUUCAACGGGAGGUACAAUUGUCGCAGCACUCCAAAAUGGUGGCCCGAUGGCCGUUCUUUACGGGUUGAUUCUCGUCAGCGUCUUUUAUACAGCGAUUUCAGCAUCGCUAGCCGAACUAGCCUCGUCAAUGCCCUCCGCCGGUGGUGUAUACUACUGGUCAUCGGUGCUAAGUCGCAGCCGAGGCAAAACAGCGGGCUUCUUCACUGGAUAUCUAAAUGCCUGCGCCUGGCUAUUAUCCGCCUCUUCAAUGAGCUCGAUGCUAGGGAAUGAAGGCGUGGCCAUGUAUCUGCUCCAUCACACGACUGUGAAAUGGCAAGCUUGGCAAGUCUUCAUCGUGUUCCAGAUUGUCAACUGGACAUGCUGUGUUAUCGUCUGUCUGGGAAAUCGCUUUAUCCCUCUUAUCAACCGGGUUGCUCUCACUUUGUCUAUGUGUGGACUUGUCACGACUAUUAUCGUCCUUGCAGUGAUGCCAAAGAAACACGCAAGCAGUAAGCAGGUGUGGGUUGAGUACCACAACAAUACAGGCGGCUGGUCAGACGGAGUUUGCUUUAUGACUGGGCUGCUCAACGCUGCAUUUGCAGUUGGAGUGCCCGACUGUAUCAGCCAUCUCUCCGAAGAGGUCCCCAAGCCUGAAACCAAGGUCCCCCAAGGCAUAAUGCUACAAAUGCUCACGGCCUUCAUCACAUCCUUCGUCUACCUGAUCGCACUGUUCUACUCCAUCCAAGAUCUAGACGCAGUCUUCACAAGCAAUAUCGUAUCCUUCCCAACGGCCGAAAUCUACCGACAAGCAACCGGAUCCAAUGGAGGUGCCAUCGGCCUAAUCGCCGUGUUAUUUCUCGCAACAUUCCCUACAUUAAUCGGCACAUUCGUGACAGGUGGUCGAAUGUGGUGGAGUCUAGCACGAGACAAUGCGACACCCUUUGCAAGCUAUUUUGCCCAAGUUCACCCAACGCUGAACUGUCCGGUCCGCGCAACAGUCGCCAUGAGUGCACUUGUGACUUGUCUGGGUUGUAUAUACAUCGGCAGCACGACAGCAUUCCAGGCGUUGAUCUCGUCAUUCAUUGUGCUCAGCUCGCUCUCCUACUUUGGUGCUAUCUUCCCGCAUGUCCUGUCUGGUCGUCGAAAUAUGGUUCCUGGGCCGUUCUAUAUGGGGCAGAAGCUCGGCAUGGCAGUUAACAUUAUUUCCUUGGUGUAUAUUUCUGUUACUGUUGUUUUCUUCUGCUUCCCACUUGUAUUGCCUGCCACUGUUCACAAUAUGAACUAUACCAGUGUUAUUAUUGUUGGGUUGAUGGUUUUGACUGCUUUGUGGUGGUUAUUCCGUGGAAGACGCCAGUAUCACGGUCCACAUUAUAGCUUUGAGGCUGCUGAGCGGUUGGCAGCAUUCCAGGAGGGCAAGGAGGGUCGUCGAUCUUUCAUUGAUGUUGUGGAUGGCUCGCCCAUUGGUUGUGUUGAGCAUGGCUGA